CUUUUACAUAUAAACUUCGAUGUAUGAAUCGCCUGCCUUCAGAUUACUAUCAUGCUUUCACGGGAACCAUAUAAAGGACCAACGCGAAAGCUAGUGCUUGCAUUCGAUGUUGGGACCACGUUCAGUGGAGUCUCGUAUUGUAUACUAGAUCCAGGGGAGGUGUCUAUAAUUCGAGGAGUAGCAAGAUAUCCUGGGCAAGAGCGUGUCGGAGGUGAUUCCAAAAUACCAUCAAUUCUCUACUACGACCUUCAGGGAAACGUCCGAGCCGUGGGUGCUGAGGCUCUGCAGGAGCAUAUCAUCGAACAGGCAGAAGACGAGGAAUGGGUGAAGCUUGCAUGGUGGAAACUUCAUCUUCGCCCCAAGCAUCUAGCAUCGUCUCACAUACGAGAAGGCGAUAUAGAACCUCUCCCACAAGGCAAAUCUGCAGUAGAAGUCCUCGCUGACUUCAUGCGCUACCUCUUCCAAUGCGCUCGAACUUAUAUCCAGGAAUCACAUUUGGGCUUGUGGGGAUCGAUCAAGAACUCCAUCGAGUUCGUAUUCACACAUCCGAACGGUUGGGAAGGCCAACAACAACAACAAAUUAGACGCGCUGUUGAGCUCGCUGGCCUUAUAUCAUCUAAAGAGGAGCAAUCGCACGUGCACCUCUUGACUGAGGGCGAAGCGAGUCUUCAUUUCUGUGUUACUAAUGUGAUUACAUCAGAUACAUUCUCCAGAACCCCAGGCCCUAUAGAGGUGCCAAAUUGCUCCGAUACAUUCUCCAGAACCCCAGGCUCUACAGAGGUCCAGGGAGUCAUUAUUGUUGAUGCCGGAGGUGGAACCAUCAACCUCAACAGCUACUCGAUGAAGCCAUCUGCGACCUCUUUCGAGGAGAUUGCCCCAGCUGAAUGUUGCCUGCAGGGCUCAGUCUUUGUUACUAGUCGCGCUCGUACUCUUCUACAAGAGAAGCUUUUGGGCUCGGAGCACUAUUCCAACCCCGAUAUUAUCGCACAAAUGACAGAAACCUUCGACAACAGCACGAAACUUGGGUUCCGUAAGCCCGAUGAACCAUCUUACACCAAGUUUGGUACUAUCCGUGACAAGGAUCUGAAGUACAACAUUCGAUCAGGGCAAUUGAAAUUGGCUGACCAGGACGUCGCCAACUUGUUUGAACCAUCCAUCGAAGCGAUCAUCAAGGCUGUUGAGCAGCAGAGACGCGCGGCUUCGAUUCCAAUUAAUUUGGUUUGUUUAGUUGGUGGUUUCGCUGCCAGCGAUCGGCUGUUCGUGAGACUCCAGGAAUAUUUUCUACCCUUAGGCAUCAACUUCUGUCGCCCUGAUGCUCAUGCCAAUAAAGCUGUUGCUGAUGGAGCAGUUUCGUUCUACAUUGACCACCUAGUGUCGUCUCGAGUUGCACGUGUCACUUAUGGCAUUGAAUGCAAAUGGCAGUACAACUUUCAAGAUCCUGAACACCUAGCCCGACGACAUAAAGCUGUCAUCGAUGUGGACGGCAAAACGUAUAUCCAAGAACAAUUUGAGAGUAUCUUGCUGAAGGGAACUCAAGUAUCUGAGCAACGCGAAUUCCGGAAGCCCUUUUUUGCUACCCGGAAAUCUCUUGCCGAAUGCAAGAGUUACAGCACGGACAUAAUGUGCUACAAGGGCGCCCUCCGGGAGCCGCGGUGGUUGGACAUUGAACGGUCCUCAUUUGCCACGCUAUGCACGAUUCAUGCCGACCUCCGCGAGCUAUCUCGAACACUUCGUCCCAAAAGAUCGGCUUUAGAUCAAUCGAAAUAUUAUGAAUUUGGAUUCGACGUCGUCCUUUUAUUUGGCUGCACAGAACUGAAAGCCCAGAUCAGUUGGAAGGAAAAGGGUGUUGAAAUGCGGGGCCCGGCAAGUAUAGUCUACGACGAGGUAGUAUAGGGAUCUGGCCUCAGAGAGGAGUGCCAGAGGUUAUCGGAGGUGUCAGAGGUCCAGUAGUCCAUAUAAGAUAGAGCCAUGUUUUCGUAAGGUUACUAGGUCUUCAGUCUUCCAUGGCCACCAGCAGUUGCUUGGUUGGUUUGCUAGUCCCUCAGCUUGUCAGGUGUGGCCUCUCCAAUGAGUAGUGUCAAGACCGAACUGCAGCUC